AUGAGUGUGGACACGAAGAAGAAGCAACAUUUCGUGCUAGUCCAUGGUCCCUGCCACGGCGCCUGGUAUUGGUACAAGGUUAAGCCGUUGCUUGAGGCUGCGGGCCAUCGUGUGACAGCCAUAGACCUAGCUGCUUCCGGUAUAAACACGAACCCCAGCUCGAUCACCGAGGUCUUCUCAUGUGAUCAAUACACUGAGCCAUUGUUGAAGCUCCUGAGCUCACUACAAAGCGAUGAAAAGGUUGUGCUCGUUGCUCAGAGCACUGGAGGUGUGAGCUUAGCCAUAGCGAUGGAUAAGUUUCCCGAAAAAAUCUCUGUCGCUGUCUUCGCCACUGCUUUCAUGCCCGAUACCAAAAACUCGCCAGCGUUUGUCGUGGAUAAGUUUUUUCAAUCGGCGCCACCAGAAGCAUGGAUGGGCACCGAGUUCGUACCUUACGGCGAAGACGGUGUAUCGAUGUCCUUUAGUCCUGAGUUCGUGAAGAAUGCUGUGUACACAUCAUCUUCUAAAGAGGAUAUUGAGCUUGUAUUGCUUCUAAAGAGACCCGGAUCGUUGUUUAUCAACGAAUUAUUGAAGCGGGAAAAGUUUACGGAGAAAGGGUAUGGAUCUGUUCCUCGAGCUUUCAUUGUGAGCAAAGAUGACAAAGCCUUAACAGAGGAAUAUCAACGGUGGAUGAUCGAUAAUUAUCCACCGGAUUUCGUGACGGAGAUGGAAGGGACAGAUCAUAUUCCAAUGAUUAGCAAUCCUCAACUGCUAACUAAGCGUCUCUUGGAAAUCGGGAAAAAAUUCGCUUAA